AUGUCGAAUAGACGAACCAAACAUACAGAGAAUAAUUUACCAGCUGAAACCAAUGAACAACUUUCAAGGAAGCGUUCAUUAUCAAUUCAUGCAUCACAACAGACUAACAAGAAAACUUCUGCAUUAACUUCCAAACGUUACAAAACACUUUUAACAUGUGUUGUUUGCAGCGGUGAUGCGCAUGGUUACAAUUUUGAUGCUAUAUCAUGUGAAUCGUGUAAAGCAUUUUUUCGUCGAAAUGCAUUACGACCAUUGGAAAAAUUAAAAUGUCGUGGUAAUGGUGGUUGUGAUGUUUCAUUUAAUAUAAGAAAACGAUGUAAACGGUGCCGUCUUGAAAAAUGUCUUCAGACAGGCAUGCGAAAAGAAUGGAUCCUUUCGGAUAAAGAAAAAGCAGAAAAACGUGCUAAAAUUGAAGAAAAUCGUCUUCUUAAACAAAUUAAUGAUAAUGAGCAAGAAUUACGUCAACUUACAAAACGAGAUUCAAAAACAGACGAUGAUUUAUCUCUAGAUUUGUCUCCACUUCUUAAUCAAUCAAUUUUAAAUGAUUUCGAUUGGUUUACUAUACAAUUUGUACAAGAUUGUUUUAUUGAGUCUGUACAAUUAAAUCAAAUAGCUGGUAUAUCAUGUUAUCCAUCAACACAACCAAUUGAAUCAACAAUAGAAUUAUUUCGUGUACCACUUUAUAUAACGUCAAUGCAUAAAGAUGAUCAAGUUUAUCUUGUUAAAUUAAAUUUAUUAACAGUUUGUUUUCUUCAUUCAGCAUUUAUAUAUGAUCCAAGAACAGAUUGUUAUCAUGAACAAGAUACAAUUGAUCCAUUAUUUUCAGGAAAAGAUUGGAUUAAAACAUUAAAUAAACAAUUUCAUAAUGAAAUGAAACAAAUACGAAAUGAUUUAAUUGAUAUAUUUCAAUCUGAUGAUAUUAUUAUCAAAUUAUUUUAUUUAAUAUUAAUUUUUUCAAAUCAAAUAUCAUUAAAUCAAGCAACUCAAUGUUUAUUAACACCAAAUAUUAAUACAUUAAGUAUGUUCAAAGCACAAAAUAUAUUUGCUGAUUUAGUUUAUAGAUAUUGUUUACAUCAAUAUGGCUCUAAUCAAGCACCUACAUUAUUUUUACGAUAUAUUCAUAAAUUAAUGAAAGUUCAACAAUUAGUUGAUGCAGUCAAAUAUACAAUAAAUGAUUAUAUUGAUAUAGCAGAACUAUCGCCAUUAAUGCAAAGUCUUCUUAUGUGA